AUGAACGACACAUCAUCAUCAUCACCUUCCCCAUUUUCCUGUCCUUUUUCGUUCUUCCACCUCAGCUCAGCUGUCACCACCGCCAUCACCACGACCAUCGACGGCACAACCGCCAUCACACUCCGGCCGACACCAGCCACAAUCUGGCGUGAGGCAGACAAUGCACAUCACCAGCAACAGCAACAGCAGCUGCUGAUGUGUGGCUGCAUUGUGGAUGAACUGGCCCUCCGUCUCUCGUCCAUCUCCAUCUUCUCCUCGUCAUCGUCAUCCUUGGGGUCACCAACAGCAGCGGCUGCGGCCAUGGACGUGGAGGGUGUGAUGUGCGUCUAUGUGCCGUUGCCUCGCAUGACGACGCUGCUGGUGGUGGACGGUGGCCGAUCUCUUCCCGGGCCCCCAUGA